AUGGGCAAUGCGGGAAUGACGGCUGCCAGCUCCACUUCUGAAGCCUCCUGUGCCGCCGUGCUGCUCGCCUGCCAAAAGCUGCUGCCCACGCUGCUCACCGCCAAGGCUGCAGCCGAGCAGGCCAAGGCAUGCCAGCGGGUGAAGCGGGAUAGCGGACUUAUUAAAGGGGAGUCACGAAUAGGAGAAGAUGACGUGGCGGUGGAGGAGGGUGACGUGGCGAGGUGGGAGGAGGUGGCAGCGCAGGCCAAGGCCAUGGAGCUCACGCUCUCAGCGCAGGCGCACUUUCAGCCAGACCCCUCCCACGCCUCCUACUUCACCUUUGGUGCCGCCGUCUCAGAGGUGGAGGUGGACGUGCUGACAGGGGCAGUGGCAGUGCUGCGUGCUGACAUACACUAUGACUGUGCGCGCAGCCUCAACCCGGCUGUCGACAUUGGCCAGGUGGAGGGGGCGUUCGUGCAGGGGCAGGGCUUCUUCACCACGGAAGAGGUACUGCUGGAGGAAGCUACCGGGAAGCUGCUGUCAGACGGCACGUGGGCAUACAAGGUGCCAUCAUUCGACACUGUGCCCCGUCAGCUCAACGUCUCCCUCCUGCAUGGGACAGCCAACAAGCAAGGCGUGCUCUCUUCCAAAUCAUCUGGCGAGCCCCCGCUGCUGCUCGCUGUCUCCAUCCACUCCGCCAUCCGCCACGCCAUUGCCGCUGCUCGCCACCAGUUGGCCCACCCAACCACACAAGCAGGCAGUGCAACUGGCGGGGUCUGGGGAGAGUUUGUGCGGCUGAACUCGCCCGCCACCAUGCCUGUGGUGCAGCGUGCGUGUGGGUCGCAGCUGGUGGAGGCUUAUCUGGAGAAGCAGCUCGCUGCGUCUGCUGCUGCUGGUAUUGAUGCUGCUGACGGCGCUGGUGCUAAAAUCAGUGAAGCUGGUGCUUUUCGGGAUACUUAG